AUGGAGAGGGCGGCCCAGGGCGCGGACGGCGGCGGGGGCAGCGACAGCAGCAGCCGCAGCAGCAGCCGCGCCACCUCGGCCGGGUCCUCGCCGUCCUGCUCCCUGGCCGGCCGGGGGGUGUCCAGCCGGUCGGCGGCCGCGGGGCUCGGCGGCGGGGGCAGCCGCAGCAGCCCGGGCUCGGUGGCCGCCAGCCCGUCCGGAGGGGGCGGCCGCCGGAGGGAGCCGGCGCUCGAGGGCGUGCUCAGCAAAUACACCAACCUCCUCCAGGGCUGGCAGAACAGGUACUUUGUGCUGGAUUUUGAGGCUGGCAUCCUGCAGUACUUUGUGAAUGAGCAAAGCAAACACCAGAAGCCUCGGGGAGCCCUGUCUCUAUCUGGAGCCAUAGUGUCCCUGAGUGAUGAAGCUCCCCACAUGCUGGUGGUGUACUCCGCUAAUGGGGAGAUGUAUAAACUGAGAGCUGCCGAUGCAAAAGAGAAACAGUUUUGGGUGACUCAGCUUCGAGCUUGUGCCAAAUACCACAUGGAAACGAGUUCUAAGACGACUCCAAGUUCCCGAAGCCGCAGUCUCACUUUGCUCCCCCAUGGAACGCCCAAUCCUGCGUCUCCCUGUAGCCAGAGACACCUCAGCACGGGGGCCCCCGGUGUUGUCACAAUCACGCAUCACAAGUCGCCUGCAGCUGCCCGAAGAGCCAAGAGUCAGUAUCCUGGCCAGCUUCAUGAAGUCAGAGAGAUGAUGAACCAGGUGGAAGGACAGCAGAAGAACCUCGUGCACGCCAUCGAGUCUCUGCCGGGUUCCGGCCCCCUCACUGCCUUGGACCAGGAUCUGCUGCUCCUGAAAGCUACCUCCGCUGCAACCCUCAGCUGCCUUGGGGAGUGCCUGCACCUGCUACAGCAGAGUGUGCACCAUGCAGGCCAGCCCAGCCAUAAGCCAGGGGCCUCAGAGAACAUCCUGGGAUGGCACGGGCCCAAGUCACAUUCCACAGAGCAGCUGAAAAAUGGGACACUUGGCUCUUUGCCAUCAGCCAGUGCCAACAUAACCUGGGCGAUUUUACCAAACUCCACUGAAGAUGAGCAAAGCUUGCAGCCCGAGCCAGAGCCAAACUCAGGCCCUGAACUGGUUUUGUCCGAAGAUGAAAAAAGUGACACUGAAGAUAAGGAAGAGACAGAGUUGGGUGUCAUGGAGGAUCAACGGAGUAUAAUUCUUCAUCUCAUCUCACAGCUCAAACUGGGAAUGGAUUUGACCAAGGUGGUGCUUCCCACAUUUAUCCUGGAGAAGCGAUCCUUGCUGGAGAUGUACGCGGACUUUAUGGCACACCCAGACCUGCUGCUGGCCAUUACCGCGGGAGCCACGCCCGAGGAGAGAGUCAUUUGCUUUGUGGAGUAUUAUCUCACAGCCUUCCAUGAGGGCCGCAAGGGGGCCCUGGCCAAGAAGCCCUACAACCCCAUCAUCGGUGAGACGUUUCACUGCUCCUGGGAGGUCCCCAAAGACAGGGUCAAGCCAAAGAGGACUGCUUCCCAUUCUCCUGCUGGCCACGAACACUCGGUAGCCGAGGACCCUUCCACAAGCUACAAACUAAGGUUUGUGGCCGAGCAGGUGUCUCAUCACCCACCCAUCUCCUGCUUCUACUGUGAGUGCAAGGAGAAGAGACUGUGCGUCAACACUCACGUAUGGACCAAAAGCAAGUUCAUGGGCAUGUCCGUGGGGGUCUCCAUGAUAGGGGAAGGUGUGCUGAGGCUCCUGGAACAUGGGGAGGAGUACGUGUUCACCCUGCCCAGUGCCUACGCGCGGUCCAUCCUCACCAUCCCAUGGGUGGAGCUGGGAGGAAAAGUCAGCAUCAGCUGUGCCAAGACUGGGUACUCGGCCACAGUGAUAUUCCACACGAAGCCUUUUUACGGAGGGAAAGUCCACAGGGUCACAGCAGAAGUGAAACACAACCCAACCAACACCAUUGUUUGCAAAGCCCACGGGGAGUGGAACGGUACUUUAGAGUUCACAUACAACAGCGGAGAGACCAGGGUCAUCGACACAACCACGCUGCCAGUGUACCCCAAGAAGAUCAGACCUCUGGAGAAGCAGGGGCCCAUGGAGUCCAGGAACCUCUGGCAGGAAGUGACCAGAUACCUGCGGCUGGGGGACAUUGAUGCUGCCACCGAGCAGAAGCGGCGCCUGGAGGAGAAGCAGCGGGUAGAGGAACGAAAACGGGAGAACCUGCACACGCCAUGGCAGCCCAAGUAUUUUAUCCAGGAGGGUGAUGGCUGGGUAUACUUCAAUCCUCUUUGGAAGGCACACUGAUGGGGUGGAGGUGCAGAGCUUUCAGAGAGAGCCGUUUUUGUAGGAAUUAAAGUGGUACGGUAUCAAGUUUCUGCUGGUGUUCACUGAGACCUCUUGAUAUCAUUCAAGAAAUGGUACCUGAACGAGAAAUGAUAUACUGUGAAAAAUGCACCACCAAAACUACUAUAGGAUUGAAUUUAUUCAAGAGCCAUUUGGGGCAUAUGUGUGUACACAGGUCUGUGUGUGAGCCGUCACUACUGUAUGUUCACACACAUGCACUAUAUACACAUGCCUGCUGGGUAUUAUUACACAUGUAAAUACUGCACUUACCAAGAUUUAAGUGGGUAAUUAUGAGCUCCUUUUUAUCAAUGAGGUUUGAAGUUUUCUAUUUUUCACUUUGCCAAAAAUGUUUUGCACUCACAAAAGUAUUCUCAUUUAGUCAUCUGUCAACAAAAGUGAACUGGCAUGGGCCAGUUGAUGUCCAUAUGGUAGAAAGUGGCUCAUUCCUGGUAGAAGUGUAGGUUACUGUUGUGAUUCCCAUCUCCCUACCCACUUUAGCAUUUUGUUUGUCCUUACUCAAGAAAAAUAAACUAUUUCCUGUUGGAUGUCAUGUGGGCAAGGAAGCUGUUAAAGGUUUAUGCCAGACCCUUCCAAAAUGGAGCACCUUGGGAAAACCAGACCCACUGUGGAAUCUUGCCCCAGAGUCUUUCUCACGUGCAAAGCAUUAGUUAUACGUUUUUCAGAAGCUGCUUCUUGGACAGUAGAAAACAAGUCAGAUGAAGACUUCACUACUUUUGUGAUGAAAAGGGCUUUAGAAGUUCAGUACACGCAUGCACAUACAAAACUGCACCACCACAGCCUCAAUUUUGUGUUUAGUUUGGGGAAAGAGAAAAGAAUUUCCAAUGGAUUUUUUUAAAGUGCACCUCUCUUGUUUGACCCAAACUCUGCAAGGAAACCACUGUGAUUAAAUGACACACAUAUAAAGACUGCAAAAGCGUUCCAUGGUUUCAGUUGAAUUUCAGUUCUCAGCCUUUACAAAUGAGGUCAAGACAUGACUAGAAUAUAAAGCAAGGAAAAAAUGAAGUAUUUGAUUUUUUGCUCAAUGCUUAAUUUAUUUUUUACUGUGCCACUCAGAAUAUUUAUAAAAUCCAGUAGCAUGAAUGCUUCUCUGUAGUAAUAAUGAUUUUGUGCCUUUUGUCUGCUUUCUUAAGACCAAUUGUUCAAUUUGUAGAUAUUAGACAAAUAUAUUUCGAUUGAGUACUA